CAGCCCCUGGUGCCACCAGCCCAGGGCUGCUGCUCUGGCCCCAACCAAAUGGACCGAGGCUUGGGCAAGUCCAUGUCAGUGCAGGACCUGAUGCAGGCAGCCCCGGGAACUGUCCAGGAUGCCCACCACAGCCACAGCCUCUCAUCUCCAAGCCCCUGUACAAGCAGUGACUCCCCCAUUGGCUUCCACAGCUGUAGCCAAGACCCUGGGGGAGGAGGGGGUGGCGGUGGUAUGGGCAGGAGUGGUGGAGGUGGAUGGGGUGAGGAGGACCUCUUUAUCAGUGACAGGGAGAUAGAGACGCAAGGAUUUGACUUCCUGUCACUGGGGACUGCUGAGGGCCACACCUACUCCUCGGAGCUCCUGAGUACAGGGAGCAGAGCAAGGGCAGGGUCCCAGGGCUCUAACCGUAGCCUGGCUCACGGUCAGGCAUCCUCACCCUCUGCUGGCAGCACCGAAUUGCUGAACAUGCCACACGUACGGCUAAAAUAAACUUGCCUACAUGUUCAGAAGGCACACAAAUCUCACCUCACAGAGACGGUUUUUAUCCUUUUUGGAGGGGAGUGGGAGGGUGGGAAUAUAACAAGGGAUCUUUUUUGUUUAUUUUCAUGUUGAUCCAUUUGAUAAGAAACACAGUAUUUUCAUACAGGCUGAUCACAUACAGCAUAUCAUCGCAUGAGUCUUUGUUUUAAAGUAUGAUUAACAAAAGAUUAAGGCUUGUAUAAUGGGAACAGACCCCUAAAACCUGAGACUUUGCUAUGAAACAAAGCCAACUAAACAUGGUCCUGAAAGCCGGCUGGUUGAUAUGUGACUUUGAGACAGAGCAUGAGCACUGCAUGUUUUCAGUCAAAGGUACUGAGAUUAGUAAGAUAUCGUUUACACUUGACAAAGUAGGAAGGCAUGGACAGCUAACAUUUAUGGAAAAUCCAUUUGAGAAUACCACUCAACUGUCGUAACUAAUGGAUAAAAAUGGGGCUUAAUACUUCUAGAGUUUUACCUGGUUAUGUAACAGUCUCAACUGAACAGAUGCCUGUAUAAACAAACCAUCAGCUAGAAGAUUGGCUAUUUCUAUGUAGUUAUUCUUAAUACCUACCACUGGGUCGGAUUCCCCUUGAAAUCAAUGAAAUGAUACAGUAGAAACACUACUGUUUCCAUCCACAGGGGACGCCAGAGUCAACACAAAGGGAAAGUUCCUUUUAACCGCCCACACAUCAUCUGUUUCCUGUCUCCCCAAUCAUGUGACAGGCUUCCAUACUGAAGUGAAUGUUACCUCACCACUGCCAAACUUUUCAUGCUCUGUUCUUCUUCGGUUUUAUUUCCAUACUAUUGUGUCCAUUUUAGAGAACCAAAUAACCUCCUUCCAUUUAUAUCCUUUAAAUUAUUAUAAUAAUGAAUUACUAACCUCGACCAAUGACUUUGGUUUCCCACAAUCUUUUCAAAUAUACCACACACAAAGACCAUGACAGUGUUUAUGCAAAAUUUAGCCCUUGAACUACAGGUCUUACAUACAUACUUUUUUAUUAUUUCUGAACGAGAGAAAUACAGUUUUAGGCUUUUUUAAUGAAUUCUUUCUAGUUUCAGGCAUCCAUUGCAUUGCAAUAAUUUCCAUACAGUGAAUCAAUUAGUGGACUCCUGAAACAUGCUUGAGUUAUAUACUCCUUCACAGUGAAUAUCAGUUCAUUUUUGUUGUUACAUGAUCAUUGUGCGGUUAUGCAGUCUAAGUGCAGAUAGUUUGAAGAAGUCUGCAUGCAUUACCUCCUAACAA